UAAAAAAUAAGACAUAUAUAUGUGUAUAUAUAUAGAGAGAGAGAUAAUAUAAAUAUAUAUGAGUUUUAUUUUAUUUUUGUUCCUAUUUUGAACUUUGUUUUUAUGUUGUAUUUUUAUGCCGUGAACCGCCCUGAGAUCAUUAGAUAAAGGGCAGUAUUAAAUAAACAUUUCAUACAUAUACACAUAGGUAUUUGGGUAGUAUAAAAAUAACUCAAAUAUAUAUUUAGAGAGAGAGAGAGAAAUAAUAUAUAUAUGAGUUUUAUUUUUAUAUUACCCAACUUCCUUCAACUCAGAUGGGUAUAAAUAGGAAUAACAGGCUGCAAACACAGCUUAAGUUUACAGCACAAAGCACAUUUCCCCCACCCUGAGAACUAAUUUCCUGAGAAUUGUAGCUCCGGGACUGCAGCUCCCAGGAUUCAAGCGGGGGAACGGACGUGGAGAAGGAAAUAUAAUUUUUUAAAAUAUAGUGUACGCCUUUUUUGGGGCACGGAGGAACCAAUUGAAAAACAACAACCCCUCGACUAAGUGGCUUAUGUAGGAAGUAGGGGGCGAGAAGAGAGGGAGAAAAAGAAAAGCUGGUUCUUUACCUUUAAGGGCAGACUAAACUAAUCGCUCGCUGAGGCGACUCCAUCGGCCCCACGGCAGAGGGCGGAAGGAACUCUGAAGCCACGUGGGACGAGGCGCUGCUGAUUCUAGGGAGAGACAGAAAUAUCCCAGCCUUUGGAAUGGCGCAGCUUCAGGCUCGCUUCUUCACUGAGGACACGAAGUAAGUACAUCGCCGGGGUCUGGAAGGGCAUAACUGGGUCAUCGCAGCAAUGGCAACUGUGGUUGAAGCGUUGCUCUUAAGCAAAGUCCAUUUUGGCAUUGCUGGGCUGCCUGCCUCUUGCACUUUAUGGUCUUUUGGCCUCAGCCAUUCAUUCAUAUAGAUGUAUAUGUACGUGUAUGCAAUAUUAUCAUUCAUUCUUAUCAGGGGCAGGGUGAUGGGGUCAACCAAAUAACAGAACCUUUUGGAAACUUACCAGAUUGUCUUCCAGUAUCUAUAACUGAAGUCAAGAACCUUAUUUCACAGUUAAGAAGCAAUAAAGCACCAGGCGUAGAUUAUUUGCCCCCAGAAUCUAACAUCGACUGAUGGGCCUCCCUGGUGGCGGUAAUAUUCUCAUUUAUUGAUUCAUCUGGGUUAUUUCCCAAAGUUUGGGCCACAGCGGUAGUCAUCCCUAUAUUCAAAAAGGGCCUUAUAUCCAAUCCAGCUAAUUAUAGACCAGUUAGCUUGCUACCUGUAAUUAGCAAAUUAUAUGCAAAGCAUCUUAGUUGAUUGGAUAUAUGUAUAUGUGUGUAAUCUGUAUCCACGUGCUUGCAUUUCAUCGGUUUUUUUGCCUCAGCCAUCUCUCUCAAACAUGCUUCUAUCUGUGGCACCUGAGGGUAGCUAUCUGUGCAUGCUGUAAAAUGGGCAAAAGUGCAGGAAAUAUUGUGCCUGGUGCCUUUAAAGUGCCACAGAUGGUUUGUUUGUUUGUUUUGAUUCCAAAACAAUUCUCUUGGGUUUGUUUGGUCAUUCAGGUUGGGGGUAGAUGUUACUGGGAUUUGAUAUGGGCCCAUAGUCGCCUUUGACUGGACUUAACCAUCCAGGGGUCCUUUACCAUACCUAUACAAUGGUAUAGUACAUGAGUCUGCUCUUAAAAGGUAAAAUAUUUCCCAUGAAGACGAUGGUGGAAGUUUGAGAUUGAUUUUACCCUUUUCUGAAUACUGAGUGCAACUGUUUUCUCUCACAGAUACGCAGUAGAUGAUGUUCCUUUCUCUGUCCCAGCUGCUUCUGAAGUUGCUGAUCUCAGUAAUGUUAUCAACAAAUUGCUGGAAGCAAAAAAUGGUACGUUUAUGUUUGAGGGAAGUGGUUUUAAAAGUUUGCCCCCUUGCUAUUAGUCGAGAGUUAAUUUUAGAAGUCUGUAGAGGUGGUUACCACACAUACAACUAAUCACAAUUUACAGUUUUACAGACUUAAUUAAUUUUUGCUAUUAAACACCUGAUGCUAUAGAUAUCACCUCAGCAAAUUCCGUAUAAACUCACAUUAAUUUUUUACAUUUAUUUUCAACCCUUCCUCCCAAAGCAUAUCUUAUUUAGCAAAGCAAACUAGAGUGGAGAUACACAAUUUGGGGCACAAGACAAUUUGUAGAUUAUGUAUGUAUUAUUUAUCACAUUUGCAGUUCACGCUUCAUCUCAAAGUGUCAGAACACUGUUAUCCCUGAGCAGUUUUUUUGUCGUAUGGGCUAGGUUGGGAGACAGUGACUUAGCCAAGGGUCUCCAGUGAUCUUUACAAGGAGCAAUCUGAACCUGGGUCCUUCACAUCAAAUUAGUACUGCCUACUUCAUUAUACUGACUCUCACUGUGGUACCCAGUUGUAUUCCUGCUGUGGUCACAGGGCCAUUUCACACAGUAAGUUUCUUGUCCAGAAAGUUGGCCCUUGCCUUCCUUGGGUACAUGUUCAAAUAGACAAAAUCUCUGCACAAUCUCUGAUAAUCUCUAUGAUUAUUUUUUGUUUCCUCAUGAUCGCUUGCCCAGAGAAAUGUGUUAUGUCUAGGGGUUCAAAGAAUAUUACAGUUGGAACCAAGAUGCUGUAACAUCCAACUGGCUGAAUAUGUAAUGUGUAUCAGUGAUAUAACUUCUGGUUUGGGGAGCUAAAUCUUAUCUGCUAACAAAAAACUUGAGAACUUGGAUAAAGUUUGGUUGCCUGUGAUAACUUGGUAAUAUGAGUGUGUAUUGUACAGGAAUAACUGAAGGCUACAUUUUAGAGACAUAGUCACCAAGCCUUCUCAAAUGUACAGUGCAAACUGCAUCUUCUGAGUGUAUCAUGCAACCUGACACUUUGUGUUUUCUUUGUCUCUAGAAGGCCACAAAUAUGUGGAAUUUGAUUUCCUUAUCAAUGGACAGUUCUUGCGCAUGUCCCUGGUGAGGCACAUGGAAGUGGAAAAUAUCUCAACUGUAAGUCAUUGGGGUGUGUGUGUGUGUGUGUGUGUGUAGAGUAUAGGCUCUGGAUUUUGAGAGUAAGAAAUAGAGAAUCAUCCACUUAAAUUUGUGCAAAACUCCCAAUUAUUGUAUCGGGCUGUCUAGCUUGCAAAUGUAUGACAGAGCAAUUCUAGCCUCCAGAGCUGCUAGUUAGAGGGGGUUUAAAUGUAAAGGGACCCCUGACCAUUAGGUCCAGUCGUGGCCGACUUCGGGGUUGCGGCACUCAUCUCGCUUUAUUGGCCGAGGGAGCCGGCGUACAGCUUCCGGGUCAUGUGGCCAGCAUGACUAAGCCGCUUCUGGCGAACCAGAGCAGCGCACGGGAACGCCAUUUACCUUCCUGCCAGAGUGGUACCUAUUUAUCUACUUGCACUAUGAUGUGCUUUCAAACUGCUAGGUUGACAGGAGCAGGGACCGAGCAACGGGAGCUCACCCCGUUGCAGAGAUUCGAACCGCCGACCUUCUGAUCAGCAAGCCCUAGGCUCUGUGGUUUAACCCACAGCGCCACUCGCGUCCCCUAGAGGGGGCUUAGGAUUGGUUAAAAAUUCGUCUGCAGUUGGGAGCCCACGUCUGCUACAGAGGCCUCUGUUGUUCCCAUAAGACACAAGUCUGAUGCUGGCAGUAGCCAGUAUAGGGCCCUGGAACGAGGCAUUCUAUCAGCAGAGAUGGCCUUGAAUGCUUUGGACCAAAAAACCCUUCCCUUCUCCUGAGAUGACCCAGAAUUGAGUCCCUUACUUGAAUUAGCUUAGAGCUGGUGCAGGUAAUUUGCCCUCUUGGUUUCAGGGGGGCAGAGGGAACUGGAAAAAAAUAAGGACUGCUUAUAAGAGAGCACCUUGUUUUGUUUUCAAUAUCUAUACAGUGGUACCUCAGGUUAAGCACUUACCGUAUUUUUCGCUCUAUAAGACGCACCAGACCACAAGACGCACCUAGUUUUUGGAGGAGGAAAACAAGAGGAAAAAAAUGUGAAAAGCAGCAAUCCCUCUUGCUGUUCUGACUUCUGGGAUAGCUGCGCAGCCUGCAUUCGCUCCAUAAGACGCACAAACAUUUCCCCUUACUUUUUAGGAGGGAAAGGUGAGUCUUAUAGAGCAAAAAAUACGCUUCAGGUUACAUACGCUUCAGGUUACACACUCUGCUAACUCAGAAAUAGUGCUUCAGGUUAAGAACUUUUCUUCAGGAUAAGAACAGAAAUCGGGCUUUGGCGGCACGGCGGCAGCAGGAGGCCCCAUUAGCUAAAGUGGUGCUUCAGGUUAAGAACAGUUUCAGGUUAAGAACAGACCUCCGGAACGAAUUAAGUACUUACCCCGAGGUACCGCUGUAUGCCGCCUUUCCAUAGCUGAGCCUAUGCUCAAAGCGGCUUACAACAUGAAAAGACUUACAUAAUUACAAACAUAACAGAAGUAAUAAACAACAGAUAAAACUCAUCAAACACAACCUAAUGGAAACAAUUUCCGCAUAAAUCAUAAGAUCUAAAACUAAAGAUACAACAAUAAUAUCAGUAACAGCAACAAGCUCUCUCAGCCCCCCGUAAACAAUACCCCAGCCCCAGAAUCUGUUCAACAGCCUCAGCUUUUGUAGCUGGAGUCAGUCCGCACUCCACUCUCCCAGGCCAGAUGGGAAAGGGCAGCCAGGCAGGGUGCAGGUCUUCCAGGGCUCAGAGCCAAGGUGGUCUCAUUUAAAGCAACACAGAUAAAAAUUAAAAACAAUUUAAAAGAGCAGCUCUUGGUGUUAAGCAGCAGCCGCAGUCCUCGUGAAGCCGCCUCUGCUGCAGAGGAAAUUUUCCUCUGAAACCUCCGUGGCUGAUCCUUUCCCUUGACGUGUGUUGUGUGCGCAGGAAGAAGUAGUAGCAAUAGAGUAUGUUGAAAAAUACACGGCUCCUCAACCUGAAGAAUGCAUGCUCCAUGAUGAUUGGAUCAGUUCUAUCGAAGCUACAGAAGAAUGGUAAGGGAGACAUGCUACUUCUUUCCUUAUCUCUUUUGUCUGACUUUCUGCCUGUAAGAUAUCGCCUUUCAUUAUUUCUUUUUUUAUGUAUGAUUUUUCAGUUUUGUACAUUUCAACAAUUUUACAAUCAUUUUAGCAUUCCAAAACUCGGCUUCCUUCCCCCUCUUUCUGCAGUUCCUUAAAUUUUAUAUAUAUAUAUUUUCUGCAUAUUCCAAAUUAACUUAGUUUACUCAUUUACUCAUCUGCUUUAAAUAUAUCCUCUUAUAAAACUGCAGGUUAUUACAACGAUCCUGCCAACGUCCUUAUCUGUUUACAGUUUGUUUGUAAAUAUUCAAUAAACCAUUUCCAUUCUUUUAUAAAAAGUUUGUUACCUUGGUUUCUUAUUUUUCCGGUAAGUUUUGCCAUUUCUGCCUAUUCCGAAAGUUUUUGUAUCCAUUUUUCUUUCGUCUUGUUUUAUUUCACUCACCGUGUUGAAGGCACAGCGUCAGCUUAUCCAUUCUUUUCCUCCUUUCCUCUCUGUCUUUUAAAUAAACAUAUUUUUCCCAUUCAAAAUCUCCACUUGAACUUUCAAACCGCACAGAAGGUAAGUAUAUGUGAAUAUAGUAAGCAUUUUAGCAUGAUGUCCCCGCAGAGAAUGGAUGGUGGCAUUGUCUUAUAGAUUUGCAGCUUUAACUGUUCGCAGUAUCUAUAGCCCAAGUGCUUUGCUGGGAAAGGAUUCUUCAUUAACAAACAUCAUAUUUCAGCAUAAUACUCCAAAAAAUUUGAAAUUGCACAGUGUGUCAAGUGCUCAAUUAAAGCCCAUAAAGUAGAAGAUGUCUCCUGUGAAGAACCAAAGACAACCACCAAGCAGAGUUUUUUGCUUCUAAAUUCCAUAGGAUAUUGACAGGCUCCUAUGACCAGACAUCUCGGAUUUGGUCAGUAGAAGGCAAACCCAUAAUGACGCUUGCUGGACAUGUAGAUGUGGUUAAAGAUGUGGCCUGGGUCAAAAAAGGUAAGUGGAUUUUACUCUGUUUGGGGUUUCAGCUUAAAUAAAUUUCACAGAAAGGUCACCACCCCGAAUUGUUCAGUUAUUUCCAAACUGAAAUCCAACACAGAAAGUGACACCUUAAAGACUUAACAAAUUUAUCAAAAUACUUUUUUUGCUUUCGCUGCAUCAGAAUAACCUAGCCACCUCUCAAAUUCCACUCUUCUUUGCAAUUCCUCCUGUGCAAUUGUUGCCACAUUACGUGGCAGUUUUGUGUUGAAACAAAGGCCUCAGGAUCAAAGUCCCACUGGGUAAUAAUAAUAAUAAUAAUAAUAAUAAUUUAUUUCUACCCUGCCCAUCUGACUGGGUUUCCCCAGCCACUCUGGGCAGCUUUCAACAGAACAUUAAAAACAGAAUAAAACUUCAAGCAUUAAAAACAUCCCUAAACAGUGCUGCCUGAUGUUUUACGGAUGCCUCUGACUGCAUUCAUGGCCAUUAAACUGGGAAUGCGUAUGAGUGACCGUCAUAUUCUGUUUACAUUCCCAGCAGCCUUGUGAUAUCCUUCUGCAUUGCCUCAGCUCCAAAUUGAUCACAUCCUUGGCCUGUUUAUAAUCGUUUUGUAAACGCUUCAUCAUAUUUGAGCAGGUUGGGAGAAUUAGGAGAGGGUUGGUUUGGGGAAAGACUGCUGUGUGAACCUGUCUGCUAUGCCUGUAUCCCUCAGAUAGUUUGUCAUGCCUGCUGCUUAGCGCAUCGAUGGACCAGACUAUCCUGCUGUGGGAAUGGAAUGUAGAAAAGAACAAAGUGAAGGCCCUUCACUGCUGCAGAGGACAUGCAGGAAGCGUAGAAUCUGUCGCUGUGGAUGGCUCAAGGACUAAAGUAAGUUAUAUUGACUGCCCUUUCCUCCCUCCCUCCCUCCCACACACCCAAGCAGCUGAGACAGUUGAUGUUGUUUCACAUAAAAGGCAUAGAAUCAUAGAAUCAUAGAGUUGGAAGAGACCACAAGGGCCAUCGAGUCCAACCCCCUGCCAAGCAGGAAACACCAUCAGAGCACUCCUGACAUAUGGUUGUCAAGCCUCUGCUUAAAGACCUCCAAAGAAGGAGACUCCACCACACUCCUUGGCAGCAAAUUCCACUGUCCAACAGCUCUUACUGUCAGGAAGCUCUUCCUAAUGUUUAGGUGGAAUCUUCUUUCUUGUAGUUUGGAUCCAUUGCUCCGUGUCUGCUUCUCUGGAGCAGCAGAAAACAACCUUUCUCCCUCCUCUAUGUGACAUCCUUUUAUAUAUUUGAACAUGGCUAUCAUAUCACCCCUUAACCUCCUCUUCUCCAGGCUAAACAUGCCCAGCUCCCUUAGCCGGUCCUCAUAAGGCAUCGUUUCCAGGCCUUUGACCAUUUUGGUUGCCCUCCUCUGGACACGUUCCAGUUUGUCAGUGUCCUUCUUGAACUGUGGUGCCCAGAACUGGACACAGUACUCCAGGUGAGGUCUGACCAGAGCAGAAUACAGUGGCACUAUUACUUCCCUUGAUCUAGAUGCUAUACUCUAUAUAGCAUCUAGAUCAACACUAUAGCAUCUGCUCUCCAUCUUCUGAUAACUGGAAGCCUUGCACUAAGAAGAAGAAGAAGAAGAAGAAGAAGAAGUAAUAGUAAUAAUAAUAAUAAUAAUAAUAAUACCUUUAAUGUCAAUGUACAACCUGUGUACAAUGAAAUUAACCGAGCCUCCCCCCCCCGCCACGAACACUCAAUCUCAUUGCACUUUGUGUGCUUGUCGCACAACACACCAACCCCGAAACUCAGUUGCACUAUUAUUAUUUUCUGAUCAGUAGCCUAACAGCCCACGGGUAGAAACUGUUUUUUAGCCUGUUGGUACGACUGAUUAUACUUCUAUAUCUCCUGCCUGAGGGUGGAAGAUUAAAGAGGUGCUGGCCAGGGUAUGAAUCGUCCCUGAGAAUUUCUCGCUUUCCUAAGGCAACGAUCCCUUGCUAUGUCAUCUAGCAGGCUUAGGGGACAGCCCAUGAUAUCAUGUGCUGUGUUCACCACCCUCUGUAAACACUCAGAGAUGUGAAAUUAUGGCAUGGGGCAUCCAUCUCUUUCCCUCCCUUCCUCCCCCACUUCCUGAUUUUCUAUUCUCCAGUAAAACCAUGGGGAAUUUUUGGGGUGAGGAAUUGUUUAGCUGAAGGCUGAGGAAGGUGCUUUCAGCCUCAAGAUAUUUUAAAUAAAAUGUAAAAGCUCAUUCAAAAGGGUAUGGGAACUUCCCCUGGGUCCUGUUUGAAUCUGGUUUGGAGUCAAAUCAAGCCUAUUUUACCGUAUUUUUCCAUCUAUAAGACAAUGUUUUUUGCUAAAAGAUUUAAGUCAAAAUUUGGGGGUUAUCUUACACACGGAUGUUGAAUGCACAGGGGUUUGGGUUCCGGCUCUGGUAUGGGUGGCCUGGGCUCGGGUUCAGGCUGCGGUGCUGGUGGCCCAGGUUGUGGUUAAAACUUGGGCUCUGGCACGGGUAACCCAGACUCGGGUUCGGGCUUGGCCUCUGGCCUGAUUUCUUAAUUUUGUGUUCAAAAAAAUAGGGGUGUCUUAUGUGGGCAUGUUAUACAUGGAAAAACACAGUGAGUCACUUGAGUUAAGCCUGUUCUGAAAUCAAGCUUUGGGUAACUUGCCCAUCACAAAUGAUAGCUAACUAAAAUGUGCCAUUUAUGUUGAAAACUGUUUUGUGGUGUGUUUAGUUUUGCAGUGGAUCCUGGGAUAAGAUGCUAAAGAUCUGGUCUGCAGGUAAGAUCAGUGUUUAACUACAGUGGUACCUCGCAAGACGAAUGCCUCGCAAGACGAAAAACUCGCAAGACAAAAGAGUUUUUCGUUUUUUGAGUUGCUUCGCAAGACGAAUUUCCCUAUGGGCUUGCUUCGCAAGACGAAAAACGAAAACGUCUUGCAAGUUUGUUUCCUUUUUCUUAAAACUGUUAAUACCCAGGGUGAAUUGCUUGAAGAGGUGCAGUUGCGACUUGACUUCGAGGAGCAACUCAUAGCACGCGGUGUGGUAGCCUUUUUUGAGGUUUUUGAAGACUUUGGUGAUUUGAAGACAGUGGUGCUUCGCAAGACGAAAAAUUCACAAGACGAAAAAACUCGCAGAACGAAUUAAUUUCGUCUUGCGAGGCACCACUGUAUGUGCUUCCUUUGACCUUUCAUCUAAUAACUCCCAGCACCUUUGUCUACAACUCUGCAUGCUUACGAUACAUUAAUUUAUUUAACAGGGGUUGUAUACUGCCUAUUUGCAAAUGAAACCUCUGAGUGGUUUACAUGUGGGUGCACCCUUCUUUUCAUGAACUUGAACCACCUUUUUUGGCAAACUGAAGCUGCCCCAGACAUUGCAGUUUGAAGCUGCAUGCAAAUAUUUUUGCUAACUGCACGAGAAGUUCAAAAUGUAGUGCCGUGUUGCAGAAUUGUAAAUUCCCACGUGUGUAUGUAUAUCAGUCCUGUGAGUUUGGAGAAUACUUCGUUUUGCCAUAGGGGUUAGGUUCAAUUAAUGUGUGAACUGCACAGGCCACCUGUCUCGUAGCUCCAUGGAAACAUACCUCAAAGUCCUUUUGAUGUUCUUAACUCGCAUGUAGGAACAGGGCCUGCUUCCAUCUCAAUCUCGCCAGAUUAUGAGGAUAUCCGAUUCGCCUGGAGCCCAUGUCCAUAAGCCGCUGUUUACAUGAAGGGCCUCCUUGUAAUAUGUUGCGUUCAACACAGGAAGGCAGAGAGAAGCAUGGAAAAUAGGAUGCAACAUUGGGAUCAGGGCUAGCAGCAUGGCCCCACUUCUACUACACAUGAGGAAAUAGUGGCUAUUGAAGGACAGGCCACGGUGACCUGGUUUGCCAGACUGUAGCUAUUGCAAACAAGUAAAUGUGCAGGCUCAGAGUGACGAUCACAACCACAGUGCUCCUUCGCUGGCCCUGCUGCCACCACGUUAACCAGUGCUAAGCCAUGGUUUGGUUUAAGUCAGUGUUUCUCAAACUUGGGUCCCCAGCUGUUGUAGGAUUAUAACUCCAUCAUUGUUGACCACUACAACUAAUCCAAAAUGCAGCAGCUAGGGUGGUGACUGGGAGUGGCCACCAAUACCAUAUAACACUGGUCCUGCCUCCCAGUACGUUUCUGAGCACAAUUCAAAGUGUUGGUGCUGACCUUUAAAGCCCUAAACGACCUUGGCCCAGUAUACCUGAAGGAGCGUCUCCACCCCCAUCAUUCAGCCCAGACACUGAGGUCCAGCUCUGAGGGCCUUCUGGCGGUUCUCUCACUGCGAGAAGUGAAGCUACAGGGAACCAGGCAGAGGGCCUUCUCGGUAGUGGCGCCCGCCCUGUGGAACGCCCUCCCAUCCGAUGUCAAGGAAACAAACAACUGUCUGGCUUUUAGAAGACAUCUGAAGGCAGCCCUGUUUAGGGAAGUUUUUAAUGUGUGAUGUUUUAUUGUGCUUUUAAUUCUGUUGGGAUCCGCCCAGAGUGGCUGGGGAAAGCCAGCCAGAUGGGUGGGGUAUAAAUAAUAAAUUAUUAUUAUUAUUAUUAUUAUUUUAUUAUAUUAUAUUAUGAUCCUGCUAGCUAGGGAUGAUGGGAGCUGUAGACCAACAAUAGCUGGAGACUCAGGUUUGAGAAACGCUGGGUUAAGUGCUGCAUCGGAGUGAGUCCAGACUUGUGGUUCGUAUCACUCGUAAACCUUAGUUACAACUCGUGGAUUAUUUGGAGGGAAACAAACCACAAAUCUGGAUGUACUAAACCGUAUUUUAGCAGCAGCUGCAGGACUGGGAGAGGACUGCUGCGACUGUGAUCUUCAAUCUGAGAACUGAUGUUAUGCAAAAAAAAAAAAAUCUGGCAAAACACUUCAUGUUCCUGAGAGAAGCCCCCACAACCUCUGCCACAAUAAAAUUAAGAUGUCACAGGAACCUAAAUCAGGUGUGGGGAACCUUUGGCCCUCCAGAUGUCGCUGAACUACAAUGCCCAUCCUGAUAGCUCCCAACAAAUAGGUUCAGUGGCCAGGGAUGAUAAAGUGGUGUAGUUCAGCAAUGUCUAAAAAGCCAGGGUUGCCCACACCUGACCUUAAGCAACUAGUAUGACUACAGCAAGCUGGCUCCACAAUUCCAAAAGCUUUUAUUUGGAAGUUAAUUCCAUUGGACAACAUCUAGCUCAUACUUGGAUUGCUCCCAAUGACUAAAACGCUUGCUUCCAUGGAAUUGAAUUAAUAUGGCAGUUGAUCAGUGUUCUUGGGGAAAAUGUGUGCAAAUCGCAGGCCAGCGUGUAAAUUAGGACUAAUCAGUGAUUCUUCAUAUCACAGAUUUGUUGAUAAUUAGAUUUAUUCUUUUUUACAAAGAACCAAUUUAUAGCAAUAGGAGAUUGACCAGCGAGUGGUCGUAUGGUUAAAAUGACCGUAUUUUUUUAUUUCAGUGCCUACGGAUGAAGAGGAUGAAAUGGAAACGGAGGAGGCGGCAAACAGACCAAGGAAAAAGCAGAAAACUGAGCAGUUGGGACUAACAAGAGUAAGACAAACCUGAAUUGUGUAGAAAUUCCUUUGAGGGGAUGUGGGGUUCGGGCCUAACAUUACCAGCCAGCUAUACCUCCAGGGACCUGCUGGCUGCAGUUGUGACAUUUGCCUUAGUUUCCCCAAAAUGCAGUGCUCUGUAAGUUCCACUUAGACGUAAGAAAAGCCCUGCUGAGUCAGAUCAAAGGCCCGUGUAGUCCAGCAUCCUGGCCAAUCAGAUGCACAUGGGGAACUGAAAGCAGGACUUGAAUGCUACAGCUUCCUUCCUGCUUGUGUUCCCCAGUAUUUUGAGGCAUAUAGUCUUCAGUACUGAAGCUGGUACACAGCCAUGACUGGUAAUCAUCGAAUGCCAUCCAUGAAUUUGUCUAAACCCCUUUUGAACGAUCCAAGUUAGAUGUGUCUGGCAAUUGUCCUUUUAUAUAUAUGUGGGAUUUGAUAGCACCGUGGUCACUGUUUUGAGAGAGAUCAUCAUCAUCAACAACAACAACAUAAUACUUUAUUAUUGAUACCCCACCCAUCUUGCUGGGUUUCCCCAGCCACUCUCGGCUGCUCCCAACAGAAUACAGCCGUACCUUGGAAGUCGAACGGAAUCCUUUCUGGAAGUCCGUUCAGAAACCAAAGCACGGCUUCUGAUUGGCUGCAGGAAGCUCCUCGGACAUUCAGCUUCCAAAAGAACGUUAAAAAACCGGAACAGUCACUUCCAGAUGUCCAUCGUUCGGGAGUCAAAACGUUCAAGAACUAGGCUGUUUGACUUCCAAGGUACGACUGUAUUAAAACACGAUCAAACAUCAAACAUUGAAAACUUCCCUAAACAGGGCUGCCUUCAGAGGUCUUCUAAAAGUCAGAUAGUUGUUUAUUUCCUUGACAUCAGAUGGUAGGGCGUUCCACAGGGUGGGCACCGCCACCGAGAAGGCCCUCUGCCUGGUUCCCUGUAACCUCACUUCUCGCAGUGAGGGAACUGCCAGAAGGCGCUCGGCCCUGGACCUCAAUGUAAACGAAGGUCCUCGCAACUUACCAGGUCCUGGUAACCACGUAAUAAAAGUCCAGAGUCACUGAUCCUCUGGUUGGUUCUGUGGCCGGCUGUCCUAGGGCACCGUCAUUGAGGCUAUCUAGAAAUGUUGCCUCUUUUGUGACUGGAACACACAUUUAUCCAGUAUAAAGGUAAAGGGACUCCUGACCAUUAGGUCCAAUUGUGACCAACUCUGGGGUUGCGGCGCUCAUCUUGCUUUACUGGCCGAGGGAGCCGGCGUACAGCUUCCGGGUCAUGUGAGCAGCAUGACUAAGCCGCUUCUGGCAAACCAGAGCAGUGCUAGGAAACGCCGUUUACCUUCCCACCAGAGCAGUACCUAUUUAUCUACUUGCACUUUGACGUGCUUUCGAACUGCUAGGUUGGCAGGAGUAGGGACUGAGCAACGGGAGCUCACCCCAUCGCGGGGAUUCGAACCGCCGAGCUUCUGAUCGGCAAGCCCUGGGCUCUGUGGUUUAACCCACAGCUCCACCCACGUCCCUUUUAGUGGUACCUCGGGUUACAAACGCUUCAGGUUACAUACGCUUCAGGUUACAGACUCCGCUAACCCAGAAAUAGUACCUCAGGAGGAGAACAGAUAUUGUGCUCUGGCGGCACAGCGACAGCUGGAGGCCCCAUUAGCUAAAGUGGUACCUCAGGUUAAGAACAGUUUCAGGUUAAGAACGGACCUCCAGAACGAAUUAAGUACUUAACCUGAGGUACCACUGUACUGUUAUUUUUUUUAUGGUCAGAGUGUCGCCUCCUCCAGCAAGCCAUUCCCUGUGCAGAGGUAUCUGUGUCCCACAGCUAAGAACACAAAAAUGUGCUGAUUGCCAAAGUUGUGUGCCUUGUUUUUGCCUAGAGUGCAACAACAGAGGCAUUGCUUUGGGGGGUGGGGGACUAAGAUGGCAGCUGCCAUCGCCAAGGGAGAGAGGACGCAUUGGAUAGCUGUCUACUAAGCCCUGGAACCAACUCCCGUGGGUUGAAAUGGAGGGAAAUAGCAAAAUCCCAUGCACAUUUACUUGGGAGCAAUUCCUAUAGUACAGUGGUACCUCGGGUUACAUAUGCUUCGGGUUAAAUACGCUUCAGGUUACAUACGUUUCAGGUUACAUGCUCCGCUAACCCAGAAAUAUUACCUCAUGUUAAGAACUUUGCUUCAGGAUGAGAACAGAAAUUGUGCAGCGGCAGUGGGAGGCCCCAUUAGCUAAAGUGGUGCUUCAGGUUAAGGACAGUUUCAGGUUAACAACAGACCUCCAGAACAAAUUAAGUUCUUAACCUGAGGUAUAAUAAUAAUAAUAAUAAUAAUUAAUAAUAUAUUAUUAUUUAUACCCUGCCCAACUGGCUGGGUUUCCCCAGCCACUCUGGGCAGCUUCCAACAAAAGAUUAAAAAUACAUUAAAACAUCAGUCAUUAAAAACUUCCCUAAACAGGGCUGCCUUCAGAUGUCUUCUAAACAUCAGAUAGUUGUUUAUCUCUUUGACAUCUGGUGGGAGGGCGUUCCACAGGGCGGGUGCCACUACCGAGAAGGCCCUCUGUUCUUAACUCGAGGUACCACUGUAUAUGUAUAGACUUAACAGUGUUAGUGAACGAGCUCGUUUCACAAAAUGAAAUAUUUCAAUAACCAUAUCCUCCCAAUAUUUAUUUUUCCCGUCUAGACUCCUGUUACAACCCUCUCUGGCCAUACAGAAUCAGUCUCUUCUGUACUUUGGUCAGAUACAGAUGAAAUAUGCAGUGCUUCAUGGGACCACACAAUUAAGGUGUGGGAUGUUGAAACGGGGGGCCUCAAAUCCACUUUGGUGAGUUCUCUUGCAAACCAAGUUUGCCAUUUCUCAGAUUGCUUAACUGCCUUCAACAAAGAGUUUUGUACAAAGUCUAAAGAGCAAUUCAUUAAUUACGUCUACUCAGGGUGGAUAAAAAUCAAUGAUUUUUUUUAAAAAAAAUCUGAUUUUUAAAAUUUAAAUCUGAUUUUUUUAUUUAAAUUGGAUUUUUAAAAUAAAAUGGAGGAAAAAUAUUUCUAAAGAUAGCUUUCUAUUUAAGUUACAUAGUCCAAAGAUAGCUUUCUAUUUAAGUUAUAGUCCAAAUAAGGAUUUGUUUUAAGUUUUUCAUGUGUGCUAAAACUCAGUUUAAGUUUUUUUUUUAAAAAAAAAAAGUUUAACCACAUCAAUUAACAAACAGGGAUACAUAUGCGAUAAUGUUAUUGUUUUAGUUAAAUAAAUUGUUUAAAUUGUUAUUAAGGAAAUGAUUGUUUUUCUCCUUCUGAUAAAGUACAGCAGAAAAGUUGUCCAAAUAUAAACAGUUAACUCAUUAAACCUCACAAUUUCAUAACUAUUUGUCUAUGUAUUUCUAAUAGUAUAAGCAAAUCAGAAAUUUUUGAUAUAGCUGUAAAAACUACUCUGAAAAUUUAUUAUUCCAAAAAUGAAACUUUCAUCUGGUUGUAAAUGUACCAGCAAGAAUGAGUCUUUCUGUAAAAAAAAAAUUGAUUUGAAUCAAGUCUUACUGGCUAGCGAUUUAAAUCCACUCUGCUUCUUUCUACUCUUAUUUUUACGUAGACUGGAAACAAAGUGUUCAACUCUAUAUCCUACUCAGCAUUGUGUCGGCGUUUAGCCUCUGGAAGCACUGACAGACACAUUAGGUUAUGGGACCCUCGUACCAAAGGUGGGUAGAACAGAAUGUAUACAGUGGUACCUCGGGUUGCAAAUACAAAUACAGUAGCUAAUAUCAAUGUAUUUUUCUGCUAACGCUGAUAAUAACUUGUAAUUGACAUAAUUGAUGUACAGUGGUACCUUUGGUUACAGACGCUUCAGGUUACAGACUCCACUAACCCAGAAAUAGUACCUCAGGUUAAGAACUUUGCUUCAGGAUGGGAACAGAAAUCUUGCAGCGGCGGCAGCAGGAGGCCCCAUUAGCUAAAGUGGUGCUUCAGGUUAAGAACAGUUUCAGGUUAAGUAUGGACCUCCGGAACGAAUUAAGUAUGUAACCAGAGGUACCACUGUAAUGCGGAUAAAAACAAUAUCAUGAUCUCACACAUUUUACAGCAAAGGUGGGUAGAACAGAAGAUAUAUUCACGAGAUAAUUUUUGCAUACGUACACACACACAUGAGUUACGUUUUAAAAAUUAUUAUUAUUUCAUGCAUUUAUUGAGCUAUACAUACCUGCUUUCGAAUAAACUUUCUGGUGAGGCUUCCCAACCCUGAUUGGCUGGUGCCAUACUUUCGUAACCCGAAGUCGGGGAGAGCUGCUAUAAUCUCCCACUUCUAUGCAGUGGUUAUGGCAGUGUUUAUAAAGCUCUCUCUAUGCAGGGAUCAUAACUCAGUGGUAGAGGACAUGUUUUACCAUACACAGUGUCUCUGGUCCGGUCCCUGGCACCUCUAGUUAGGAAGGAACAGGUCGUAAGUUAUAUGAAAGGCAUCAAGCUUGUUUACACAUUUUUGUCUACUUGAAGAAACCAUGGUCCGAUCUGAAAAAUACAAAUAUUUAGCUUACAAAACUGUAAAAAUAAAGAAAAAUUAAGUUUGCAAAACAAUAAUUACCAUGUGGUUAGGGUAGAUCAAUGUGUCAGUGUCCACUUAUCCCCAGUGUUAAUAUGACAUAUCGGGAAAAGUCGGAAAUUGAAAGAUAACUAUAGCAUGUACACGAAAAUUGAUUUCAGAACAGUUGAAAAAUCCUAUAAGAACAGUUAAAAAAUCCUAUGCAAAAGAAAAUGGGGGAGAAAAUUGUUCCCCAGUAUACUGUGUAUCCCAAGGGAAUACAUUUUUUUUGCAUACCUCCCAACUGUACAUAGAUAUACAUGUCAUUUUCAAUGCUAUACAUGUCAUGUUCAAUGCUAUAUAAGUCACUUACAUUUAUACUCAAUAUUCAAUGCUAUAUAAGUCACUUACAUUUAUACAUUUACAUUUAUAUUUACAUGUACUACUUUGGCUAUGUGUUUAAUAAAAUAUUGAAUUCAUGCAUUGUGAAAAACAGAGAUUAUGGUGAAAAGUGAAAAACAUGAACUGCAAAAAAACUAGAGCUUACAGAACAAAACCAACUUCUGAUAUGAAAUCAGCACGUCGAACUUAGGUUAGAACAACUGCAGGUGUCAAUGCAACAAAAAUUUUGUUCCCCAGUGUUAUUAUUCUCUUGCCUGAGACAUUGGAGAGCAGCUGCCAGUCUGGGUACACAAAUUUGGGCUAGACGGAUAAAAAAAUCUGACCUGGUAUAUGGCAACUUCCUAAUUCCUUCAUCUGGCUUGCAGAUGUCCUGUUUUUACUGAUUAUAUCACUAAUGUGCUACUUUUAAUAAACAUUAGUUUUGGUCUUUGUAAAGAAACAUUUCAUCUCAGUAGUGGCCUAGGGAGUGGUCAUUGUCUCCUACUUUCUGUUUGAUUUCAGCACAUUUACUAAAAAUGCUGGCUAUUACUAUUUUUGUAUCCAUUGCGUACUCAUUCACCCUGCUGUAUGUGUGUAAAAAUUUUAAGUGUCUUGUGUGACUCAUCAGUUGUGGCUAGUGAGACUUGUCUGCCUCUUUUCAGAUGGUUCUUUGGUACUGCUUUCUCUUACCUCACAUACUGGAUGGGUGACAUCAGUGAAGUGGUCACCAACACAUGAGCAGCAGCUCAUCUCUGGUUCUUUAGACAACGUUGUCAAACUCUGGGACACAAGAAGGUAAACUUUAAACCCUGGGUUUUUGUUGGACUUUUGCCAUAUGGAUUUGUGUUACUGGAUGACACACAAACUGAAGAAAUGUCACUAUAGAAUAUUUAGGGCAAUUGAUAUUGAAUAUUUUGAAUAUUUGAAUAUUUUAGGGCAAUUGAAUAUUUGAAUAUUUAGGGCAAUUGAUAUUGAUUUGAAGGGUUCUGACUAGAUCUUAAGUCUGAUUUUAGCAAUAUUCUCGUCUAGACUAGAUCUUAAGUCUGAUUUUAGCAAUAUUCUCGUCAAUAUUAGUUCUGCACCUGCAAAUGUCUCCCUAAGCAUUGUGUUUGAUGCAAUUCUGUUUUACUAAGGAUUAUGACACAGCAGGACAGUGGGUUUUUUAAUUUAUUGCAUUGACCAGUUGCUUUAUACAACAUGAAGUCUCAAAGUGACUCGGCAAGGUAGAAUGCAAUACAUAAAAGCAGUUCAGAACAAUAAAAAGAAUUAAAACAGUGAACAAUGCAAAAUACAUUAAAAUGCUCAUCCAGAAACACAUUAUUAAUAAGGACAAGUCUUACCCACCCCACUGAAAGAUGAGGAUCACUGUUGAGGAACAAGAUCAAGUAGCCAAAGGCCUGCGUAAACAAAAAGGUCUUAGCCUGGCACCUAGAGACUGACAAGGAUAGUGCCAGGCACAUCUCCCUCCGAAAACAUUCAUUGGAUGGGAGGCCACCAAUGAAAAGGCCUGUUCGUAUGCGGUCACCCUCAUCUUCCUUGAGUGGGGCACACAGAGAAGGGCCUUUGAUGAAGACCAUAGUGUCUGGUCUAGUUCAUAUUGGGAAGAGAUGGUCCUUGAGGUAUUGGAGUCCUAAGCAAUAUAGUGCUCUAUAGGUCAAAAUCAGCACUUGCGUAUGGUUAAAGACUAGUAUGUAGGCAGUGUGCAGAAUUCCAAAAGUGAAAUUGUAGUUUGGACCCAGACGUUGCAGAAGCAUCCCAGGAGUGGAAUUUUUCUCCCACUGAUAGAAGUGAGGAGGAUAUUUUUGUUGAUUCAUCCUGCAGUGUUCAUCACCAUCUCCAGUGUUCUUCCCCAAAUUUUCUGGUCCCAAUUUCUAGGGGGCUGCAGGAGGAAUGGGAAAUCUGCAAAAAUUGCCACACCUCCCUCUACCCCCAACCUUGUGCCAGCAGAAGUUCUUGAUUGAAUGACAAUAAGAGUCUUCUGCAAUUGGAUCUUACCGAAAGGUUGACAGAAGAAUGAGAGUAGGAGGAGAAGUUUAUGUAGAAGGAAUUUGCUGGCUGAAUUCAGCAAUUAGCCACCAGAAUACUUUUAUUUCCAUGUAAUAUAGCUAGUAUGGCUGUCUAAUGUCUGUUUCCUAUAGUUGCAAGGCACCUCUCUAUGACUUGGCUGCUCAUGAAGACAAGGUUUUGUGUGUGGAAUGGACAGAAGCAGGGGUAAGAACUUCGUCAGGAACAGGAAUGGGGUGGAAACCGAAGUAUCUUUGCAGCAGAUGUUGUUUAUGUAGUUGGAUAUGUGUAGUGAUUUAUAAAUAUUCAUUACUUAUGCAGUGCAGAACAGCAAAGGUUCAACUUGUGAAAGUGAUUUAUCUUAAAACUACUUGAAAGAAUGUAUGUGAUUUUGCAGAAACUUUGGGUUACGCCCAACAAAGUCUUGUUACUGCAAAGACCUGCCUGUGCAAUGGGACUUCCUCUCCCCCUGUGCCCCAAAACCUGUUCUGGGUUUUCCCCCAAGCCUGCAGAAUGGAUCAGGACAGUGAUAUUAGAUAUCAUGCAACAUGACCACUUGUUUUUUGUUUAUAGCAUUUUGUGCUGCUGCUCUUUAUAUUGUGGAUUUAAGACAUUGUGAAGUUUCUGUUCCUAACAUUAAGGCAGGCAAAAGUUCCAAGGCACAAUUGGCUGUAUUAAUCAUAUGUCUGCUUAAUAAGCCAGAAUAUAAAUUAGCUUUUCCCUAUAUACUCCUUCCUUUGCAUUAAGCAUUUGGAAAUCUGUGAUACCAUGCCUUGUGUUUCUUAUGCAAGUUUUGAUGAAAAAUUGUUUUUCCUGGUACAGUGGUACUUUGGUUCUCAAACCUAAUCUGUUCGACUCCCGAAACCGUUCGAAAACCAAGGCGCAGCUUCUGAUUGGCUGCAGGAGCUUCCUGCACUUAAUCGGAAGGCGCGUCGGACGUUUGGCUUCCAAGAAACAUUCGCAAACCGGAACACUUACUUCCGGGUUUGCGGUGUUUGGGAGCCAGUUCGACAACUAAGCCAUUCGGGAAUCAAGGGACCACUGUAUAUACGUUUUUACUUGGUCUAGAUGGGGGGAAACAACAACAACAACAAUAAUUUAUUAUUUAUACCCCGCCCAUCUGGCUGGGUUUCCCCAGCCACUCUGGGCGGCUUCCAACAAAACACUAAAAUACAAUAACCUGUUAAACAUUGAAAGCUUCCCUAAACAGGACUGCCUUCAGAUGUCUUCUAAAAGUUUGGUAGUUAUUUUUCUCCUUGACAUCUGGUGGGAGGGCGUUCCACAGGGCGGGUGCCACUACCGAGAAGGCCCUCUGCCUGGUUCCCUGUAACUUGGCUUCUCGCAGCGAGGGAACCGCCAGAAGGCCCUCGGUGCUAAACCUCAGUGUCCGGGCAGAACGAUGGAGGUGGAGACGCUCCUUCAGGUAUACUGGACCGAGGCUGUUUAGGGCUUUAAAGGUCAACACCAACACUUUGAAUUGUGCUCUGAAACGAAAUGAAUGUUUCUGAAUACUGUGUCAUUAUAACUAGAUUUUUCUUCCUUGCUCUAUAGUUGCUGUUGAGUGGUGGUGCAGACAACAAGCUCUAUUGCUACAGAUACCGAGCAGCCACCUCUGAUGAUGGAGCAUGAAAACCAAUGAAAAGAUCAUGAGAAUGAACUCGUCUGCUCGAUGUUCUUGCAACCUAUCAUACACAGCUGUAUAAAAUGUGUGAUUUAUGGUAUUAUAAAUCUUGCAUAUUAUACCUUGGGGCAACAUUAGUUUCCUGUUCUUUGUUUUGAAGCGAGGUGGCUGGUUAAGGCAUUUUUAUUUUUAUUUAAAACCUUUCCCCCACUACACAAGCCAUACGAACUCAAGUUGGUCAGUUUUAACAGUUUAAGCCUUAUCAACAUAAUAUGUGUUUAUUAAAACCUUUUCAUUUUGUGCAAGUAUAUUUAAGUUUUUUAGUUAAUCAUGAUGCUGAGCUUUCCACCUUCCAUUAGUUUCAGUGGGAACUUCAGGUGUCCCCCAUGAAAAAUCAAUUGAAGCUGUUCCCCGAUGGAGAAUGCUCAAGAUUUCAAUGAAAUAAAAUUGCAGUGUUCCUUAACGUGGUUGUAAUGCCAUCUGACAUACUUUUUUAAAAAUUCAGGAUUUCUUUUUAGGACUUAAAAGACUGUCCAACUAGUUCCUCAGAUACAAGGGCUCAUUAGAUUGCCUCCAUGGCUGGAGGCAGUAUGCUUGAAUUGCAAGUAUGGAAAGUGCUUCUGUCGUGCUUGUUAUGUUUGGGUUCUGCUUGUGGACUUGCCAUGGACAUUUGGCGAUGAUUGAUUGAUUGAUUGAUUGAUUGAUUGAAUUUAUAUACCACCCUAUGCCCAGAGGUCUCAGGGCGGUUCACAGAAAAGAUAAAUGUGAUAAAGGAGUGUUGGGUCCAGCAGGGCCCUUAAGUUCUUAUCUGCAUUUCUUUAAGCAGCAGUUUGUUAUGCUGCAUAUUUUUUAACCUCAAGAGGGACAUAUUUAUGGUGUGAAGCUCCGUGGUUUAAAAAUGCCUGGUGGGUUUCAAAUUCUACAAGGUAUAUAUUUAAAAAAACAACCCUGGUGUGGUGAGCCAUUUAGGACUGCACUCUGGUGAUUGGAAUGGCCUGUUAUUUUCCCUCUUGUUGGUAUCUUACCUGUCUUUGGAGACAAUGGAGUGUGCCUCUGGGGGUGAAGUCAAACUGCUGGAGAAUCACAGCACCUGCUGUGGCUGCAGAGACUGGUAACUUGUAACUGGUGACUCCCAUGUCGUUUUUGCUGUGUUAGCAGCACUGAAGUGACCUGUGUAGGGUUCAAGCCUGGGCAGUGUGUUCUUCUUUCUUCUUUGGUGAUCACUUGUGGCCGGGUAAGAUUGCCUUCCAUGAACACGGUCUGAGCGGUGUGUCCGUAAGUGACUGUGGAGACCAGUUCUGGAUCCACACAUCCUUCCACGGCGGGGACAUAGGUUUCCAGGCAGGAGUUGAUCGUGGUGAGGAUUUGCCAAACACGCCUUCCUCUUAGCUCGUUUCUCCUUUUCGCCUUGAGUUCGUGCUCCUUCGAAGUCCAUGACACCUUUGGUAAAGGCUGUUCUCCAACAGGAGCGCUCGCAGGCCAGUGUUUCCCAAUUGUCCCAAUUUCCCUGAUGCCAUCAAGACACUUAGAGUGAGCAGCUGGAGGAGGGUGCCAACAUUGGGAGCCUCCAGAAGG